GCUUGCCUGGUAGUGUCACUAGAAAAAAGCGAGGAAAGUUGGUGAGCAAAACAUCUAAUAUUUAAAGAUCUACAUGACAUUGAAUACUCAAAUUUCCCAACUUGAAUAGACAAUGCAAAGAUCUUUGACGUAGAGUGGAGGCUUAUCGACCAAUAUGCACGGCGUAUCUGCUCCUUCACAGUCUCCGACAUUGAGCUAGACAUGAUAGGCAAUCAGUUCAUACAGCCAUUCCUUUCUGCACCAUUAUCAACGCUACUCUUGCCGAACCUUCGUAGUUUGGUUUGGCGCGUUGUCCGAAAACGGUUCCACCCGCUGUUGUUGAAGCUCUACAUAGCUUGCGGGGGCUUUUCCGUCUUAACGCAGGGUAUUUUACCUUGCGAGAGCUUCUUCGCUUGGCUUCUUUACCGUCAUUGAAGUUUCUGAACUUCGGCAUGGAGGAGGAAUACGAUUACGAGGAGCAGCACCACUCCACUCCAAUAAUGUUCUCGAUCAAGUGCACAUCACUGCAUUAUCAAUCACUGUAUCACGAACACGGUACAAAAGUCCUGUAUGAUCCACUGGAUAUCCCAGGCCUCAUUAUUUCCCUCUCGGAGUGCUUCUCUCCUGCUCUUGAGCCACUUCAUUUCCACUUCGAGUUCGAGUUCUUCACCUUCAUCGAUGAACGCAUACUUGCUGAUCUCAGCUUUGCAGUUGGAUUUGACGCGGUUGCCCCAUUGUUGCCGUUUAUUUGCUUGACAAACUUACGGCUCGACUGGAUAUGCACUUCGGCCAUCGAUGACGCCUCACUCAAGACAAUUGCACAAUCCUGGCCUCAGCUCGAGACCUUCUUGUUUGGAAAUGCGGCUCACUGGGACUUGUCUACCUCAUACAUCAUUGGAAUGUCCUUUUGCGUAUGUCAAGUUGACAUCAACAGCGAGCUGUUUUCUCGAACCAUUCCAAACAAAAAUAUCACCAAACUUUCUGUGGGGAUGUCUCCAAUCGUCGAUUCCGUCACUGUUGCGAGUCAACUGCGUAGAUUCCUGCCCAAGCUGACUUACGUGAACUUCCUCGACUGGCUUGAUGAUGACAUCCCCACGCCGCCACCAUUUGAACAUCUUGAGGAAGGGUAG